UCCCAGUCGGGUCGUUACUGUGCUUUUUGUUCCGGAAUAGGAAGGUCGGGUCCAAAGGCUUAUUCGCCUUUCUUUUUCUCCCAUAGAUUCUCCGCGUAUGGACCCUAAAAGCUACCGCUGCUGCUGCUGCGGACCUAGACAGUUACUGUCUCAGCUUUAGGAUGUACGCUCUUCCACUAGAAGCUCUUCCAAGGGACCGAGGUAACCGCGCCCCCCCGGGAUAAAGAAGUGCGCGUGCGUUUGAGGGGAGGGCGCCCCAGACGAGAUGCCUCCUGCGCAUGUGUGACAAGAAGGCGUUCCUAGAUCGUGGAAGGAAAGCUGCUCUUCCCGAGAAGGGGAGGUGUUUCUUUGGCCUUGGCAAUUAAAAAACAGUGGAAUGGAAAGCAAUUAUUGUGGUCAUCCCGUGUUAAGCUCCUCUUCAGCAAUGUAUACAUUCCUGCUGGGGGCCAUAUUCAUUGCUUUAAGCUCCAGUCGAAUCCUACUUGUAAAAUAUUCAGCCAAUGAAGAGAACAAAUAUGAUUAUCUUCCAACUACUGUGAAUGUGUGCUCAGAACUGGUGAAGCUGGUUUUCUGUGUGCUUGUGUCAUUCUGGGUUCUAAAGAAAGAAGAUCAUCGAAAUAGAAACUUGAGAUGUGGUUCCUGGAAGGAAUUCUCUAAUUUCAUGAAGUGGUCCAUUCCUGCCUUUCUUUAUUUCCUGGAUAAUUUGAUUGUCUUCUGUGUCCUUUCCUAUCUUCAGCCUGCCAUGGCUGUUAUCUUCUCAAAUUUUAGCAUUAUAACAACAGCUCUUCUAUUCAGGAUAGUGCUGAAGAGGCAUCUAAACUGGAUACAGUGGGCUUCCCUCCUGAUUUUACUUUUGUCUAUUGUGGCCCUCACUUCUGGGACUGAGACCUCACAGCAUAACCUGGCAGGACAUGGAUUUCAUCACGAUGCCUUCUUCAGCCCAUCCAAUUCCUGUCUUCUUUUCAGAAGUGAGUGCUCCAGAAAAGACAAUUGCACAGCAAAGGAGUGGACUUUUUCUGAAGCUCAGUGGAAUACCACGGCCAGGGUUUUCAGUCAUAUCCGUCUUGGCUUGGGCCAUGUUCUUAUUAUAGUCCAGUGUUUUAUUUCUUCGAUGGCCAAUAUCUAUAAUGAAAAGAUACUGAAGGAAGGGAACCAGCUCACUGAAAGCAUCUUUGUACAGAACAGCAAACUGUAUUUCUUUGGCAUUCUUUUUAAUGGGCUGACCCUGGGCCUUCAGAGUAGCAACCGUGAUCAGGUUAAGAACUGUGGGUUUUUUUAUGGCCACAAUGCAUUUUCAGUAGCCCUUAUUUUUGUAACUGCAUUCCAGGGCCUCUCGGUGGCCUUUAUUCUGAAGUUCCUGGAUAACAUGUUCCAUGUCUUGAUGGCCCAGGUCACCACUGUCAUCAUCACAACGGUGUCUGUCUUGGUCUUUGACUUCAGGCCCUCCCUGGAGUUUUUCUUAGAAGCCCCAUCAGUUCUUCUCUCCAUAUUUAUUUAUAAUGCCAGCAAGCCUCAAGGUCUGGAAUACGCACCUAGGCAAGAAAGGAUCCGAGAUCUAAGUGGCAGUCUUUGGGAGCGCUCCAGUGGGGAUGGAGAAGAACUGGAGAGACUUACCAAACCGAAGAAUGAUAUUGAAUCAGAUGAAGAUACUUUCUAACUGGUACCCAAAUAGUUGGCAGCUCUCACAAACCUUAUUUUCACAUUUUCAGCAUGUGUGAUAUUUAUCUUUCCACUUUGAUAAACCAAGAACAUUUCUAAAGCAUAAAACUCUUUGCAUAUAUCUAACUGCUCCUUAAAU